ACAGUGCUCUGAGGAUGAUCUGAAGCAGACCUUUGCCAAGUUUGGGACAGUUCUGGAGGCUAACAUCCCCCUUAAAUAAGAUGGAAAGAUGCGGGGCUUUGCGUUUGUCCAGUUUAAGAACGUCUUGAAGGCAGGAAAGGCCUUGAAAGCAAUAAACCUAAAGGAGGUCAAAGGAAGGCAGGUAGCUGUUGAUUGGGCUGUGGCUAAAGACAAGUUUGUCGCUACUCAGCCAGGAGCUAAGAAAGAGGAAAAGGUCACAGCAGAGAAACCGGCACCUGAAAGUGACUCUGAAGAGGAGGAAGAAGUAGAAGAGAACAAAGUCAUCUCUAAGUCAGCUCAGCAUCCAGACACCCCGUCAGAGGAGGAGGGUGUUGAGAAGAAUGACGAUGCAGAGUCUCAGGGGGCAGAUGAUGAUGAAAAAAAGUGAUCUUGGGUCUGAUGAAGACAACGAUGAAGAUGAUGACUGUGAGGAUUCUGCCAACAGAAAGCCCCUACCAUCAGACGUCAAUGAGGGCAAAACCAUCUUUAUCAGGAACCUGUCGUUUGAUACGGAGGAGGAGGGCUUGGAGGAGGUGUUACUGCAGUAUGGAGAACUGAAGUACAUCAAGAUCUGCCUACACCCAGACACUGAACACUCUAAAGGUAUUGCCUUUGCUCAGUUCAAGUCUAAAGAAGCAGCAGAGAAAUGCAUUGCUGCUGCGGAGGAUGAGUCAGAGGUGAGACGGAAUAGGAUAAAUGACUCAUGUAUUCUACAGGUACAUCUCUUCUGAUGAGCUCUGAGUUGCUGUAAUGUAUGUUUGGGGGUAACAUGUUUGUCUGUCUUAGAGCGAGGGUAUCCGUGUG